AUGUUGUCCGGCAUCCUCAUAUUCAAUCAGAAAGGCGAGAACCUCAUCUUCCGCGCCUUCCGCAAUGACUGCCGCCCGCGACUCGCCGACGUGUUCCGCAUUCAGGUCAUCAGCAACGCCCAGGUCCGCUCGCCCAUCCUGACCCUCGGCAGCACCACCUUCAGCCAUGUCAAGCAUGAGAACAUCUACCUGGUUGCCAUCACAAAGAGCAACGCCAAUGCCGCUCUCGUCUUCGAAUUCCUCUACCGCCUGAUCCAGCUGGGCCGCGGCUACUUUGGCAAGUUCGACGAGGAAGCCGUCAAGAACAACUUCGUCCUGGUCUAUGAGCUCCUGGAUGAGAUCAUCGACUUCGGCUAUCCCCAAAACACCGAGACCGACACGCUCAAGAUGUACAUCACGACCGAGGGCGUCAAGUCGGAGCGCGCCAUCGAGGACUCGGCCAAGAUCACGAUGCAGGCGACGGGCGCCCUGUCUUGGAGGAAGGCCGAUGUCAAAUACCGCAAGAACGAGGCGUUCGUGGACGUCAUCGAGGACGUGAACCUUCUCAUGAGCGCAACCGGCGCCGUGCUGCGCGCCGACGUCACUGGCCAGAUCAUCAUGCGCGCCUACCUCAGCGGCACCCCCGAGUGCAAGUUCGGCCUAAACGACCGCCUCCUGCUCGACAAUGACGGGCUGCUGAGCCUGCCCAGCGGCAACAAGAUGGGGAGCAAGGCGACCAAGGCGGCGGCCGGGAGCGUCACGCUCGAGGAUUGCCAGUUCCACCAGUGCGUCAAGCUCGGCAAGUUCGACAGCGACCGCAUCAUCAGCUUCAUCCCGCCCGACGGCGAGUUCGAGCUGAUGCGCUACCGCGCCACCGAAAACGUCAACCUGCCGUUCAAGGUCCACGCCAUCGUCAACGAGGUCGGCAAGACAAAGGUCGAGUACAGCAUCGGCGUGCGCGCAAACUUUGGCUCCAAGCUCUUCGCCACCAAUGUCGUCGUCCGCAUUCCCACGCCGCUCAAUACUGCUAGGAUCACGGAGCGUUGCACCCAGGGCAAAGCCAAGUACGAGCCGUCCGAGAACAACAUUGUCUGGAAGAUUGGCCGCUUCCCCGGCCAGAGCGAGUUCGUCCUGAGCGCAGAGGCCGAGUUGACCAGCAUGACCAACCAAAAAGCAUGGAGUCGGCCGCCCCUGAGUAUGAACUUUAGCCUGUUGAUGUUUACGAGCUCUGGUCUGCUGGUGCGCUAUCUCAAGGUAUUUGAGAAGAGCAACUACUCGAGUGUAAAAUGGGUGCGGUACAUGACUCGAGCUGGAAGUUAUGAGAUUAGGUUUUAACAUCUCAAGUCUGAUUUGUCUAAGCGUUUUAAUCCUGCAUAGCAUCGGCGUUAAUGUCUUCAGAUUUCAAAAGGGUGCUAGACUAACUUAGGGUUCCUCGAGCUCUUAUCCGUCGUAUUGACCGAGUCCUCCUCGACCUUCUCGAGGGCGGCAGCUUUCCUCUUGUCCAUCUUGUCACUUGCUUGACGGUUGACAAGCUCCGCAUAACGACUACUGUAUUUGAGUUCCUCCCUAUGACAUGCAAGGCCAAAAGAAAGAGAGGACGUUUCGGACCGCAGUGUCUGCCCAUGUAAUUAUACCCCAUAUUUAUGUACUUAAUAGAACAUGACCUGUUCCCACGUAUAU